AUGGAGCUGCAGAACACAGUGAAAGAAGCCCUAAGUGCACUGUACCAUCAUCCUGACGACGCCGUUCGCAUGCAAGCCGAUCGAUGGCUUCAAGAUUUCCAGCGCACCAUCGACGCUUGGCAGGUGGCCGAUAAUUUGCUUCAUGAUCCUGCCAGCAAUCAAGAAACCCUAAUCUUUUGUUCUCAAACUCUCAGAAGCAAGGUUCAACGGGAUUUUGAAGAACUUCCUUCUGAAGCUUUUCGUCCGCUAAGGGAUUCAUUAAAUACCUUAUUAAAAUCAUUUCACAAGGGGCCUCCUAAAGUUAGAACUCAGAUUAGCCUUGCAGUGGCAGCCUUGGCUGUUCAUGUUGCAGCCGAAGACUGGGGAGAUGGUGGUAUUAUAAAUUGGAUAAGGGACGGAAUGAAUUUUCAUCCUGAGUUUCUACCAAGUUUUCUGGAGCUUCUCAGAGUCUUGCCUGAGGAGGUGCUCAACUACAAAAUAGCAGUUCGUCCUGACAGACGUCGUCAAUUUGAAAAUGAACUUGCUUCAGGGAUGGAGAUGGCUCUUAAUGUCUUAACUGCUUGCUUGAAUAUUAACGAACUGACGGAGCAGGUUCUCGAGGCAUUUGCAUCUUGGUUGCGGCUGAGGCAUAGGAUCCCUGCAUCUACCCUUGCUUCACACCCAUUAGUGCUUACAGCUCUCUCAAGCUUGAGUGCUGAUAUACUCUCAGAGGCAUCAGUUAAUGUUAUUUCGGAAUUAAUACAUUAUACAGCGGUGAGAAACUUGGGUGAAGUUGCCUCUCAGAUGCCCUUAAUUCAAGUAAUUGUUCCUCAGGUUAUGAGUCAGAAAGCACAGCUACUAGAUCCUUCAAAGGAUGAGGAGGAUGUGAAGGCAAUUACUCGUUUAUUUGCGGAUAUAGGGGACGCAUAUGUUGAAUUGAUUGCAACUGGUUCUGAUGAAUCUAUGUUGAUUGUGCAUGCAUUACUCGAAGUUUGUUCCCAUCCAGAAUUUGACAUUGCUUCCAUGACUUUCAACUUCUGGCAUAACCUUCAAAUAAUAUUGACCGAAAGGGAUUCUUAUGUAGCAUACGGUAAUGAUGCAUCGAUAGAAGCGGAGAGAAGUCGCCGAUUGCAGGUUUUCCGGUCAUCCUAUGAAUCACUUGUUUCCUUGGCUAGUGUCAAAGUUGAAUAUCCCCAGGAUUAUUCAGAACUUUCGAGGGAGGAUCAAAAAGAUUUUAAGCAGACUAGAUAUGCUGUUGCAGAUGUCCUUAUCGAUGCAGCCCUAGUUUUAGGCGGUGAUGCUACACUGAGGAUUCUUUAUGUGAAACUUGUUGAGGCUGUACGUUGCUUUGGAAAUAAUGAGCACGCUGAUUGGCGUCCAGCAGAAGCUGCUUUGUAUGGUAUGCGAGCAAUAUCAGAUUAUGUUUCUGUGGUGGAAGGAGAAGUGAUGCCCCAGGUCAUGUCUUUGCUUCCAAAACUUCCUCAUCAAUCACAACUGCUACAGACAGUAUGCUUAACAAUUGGAGCUUAUUCAAAAUGGCUUGAUGCUGCACCAAGCGGAUUCUCAUUCUUGCCCGCACUCAUAGACAUUCUUGUUAGUGGCAUGAGCAUGUCAGAGGAUUCGGCGUCUGCUGCUGCUUUGGCAUUUCGACAUAUAUGCGAUUAUUGCAAGAAAAAGCUCAGUGGGUCCUUAGAUGGCCUCUUUCAAAUAUACCAAAGGGCUGUGAUUGGGGAGACUGCCUUCAAGGUUUCUGCUGAAGAUUCAUUAAAUUUAGUAGAAGCUCUAAGUAUGGUUAUCACAGAACUUCCUUCAGAACAUGCUAAGAAAGCCCUCGAGGCAUUAUGCUUGCCAGAUGUCACUCCCUUGCAGGAUAUUAUAAAUCAAGGGCCUUUGGUGCUGGGGCAAAAACCUGCUCGUGAGCUAACGGUUCAUAUAGAUCGACUUGCAAAUAUUUUUAGACAUGUAAAUCACCCGGAAGCUGUUGCAGAUGCAGUCCAAAGACUUUGGCCUAUCUUCAAACCCAUUUUUGACCUUCGUGCUUGGGAUAUGCGGUCCAUGGAAUCUCUUUGCCGGGCAUGUAAAAAUGCUGUGAGGACUUCUAAAACGCUCAUGGGAGUUACAGUCGGUGUGAUGCUAGAGGAGAUACAAGGACUAUACAAGCAACAUCACCAGCCAUGCUUCCUUUACCUCUCCAGUGAAGUUAUCAAGAUGUUUGGGUCUGAUCCUUCUUGUACAGACUACUUAAAGAACCUGAUCGAAUCUCUCUUUAGCCAUACGACGUGUAUGCUGACGAAAAUUCAGGACUUUACUUCUCGACCUGACAUAGUAGAUGAUUGUUUCUUGUUGUCAUCUAGAUGUAUACGAUAUUGUCCUCAAUUAUUUUUCCCAUCUCCUGUAUUUCCCUCCUUGGUGGAUUGUUCGAUGAUAGGCAUCACAGUACAACACAGGGAGGCCUCCAAGUCUAUAUUGAAUUUCCUAUCCGAUGUGUUUGAUCUUGCAAACUCUAGUCAAGGGAAGGGUUACCUAUCUAUCAGGGACAGCGUAAUUAUCCCAAGAGGGGCCAUUAUCUCCCGACUUCUUGUUGCUGCUCUGACCGGAGCACUUCCAAGUUCUCGACUAGAAACGGUAACAUAUGCUCUAUUAGCUCUUGUUCGAGCUUACGGAGUACAAGCUCUUGAGUGGGCAAAGGAGAGCAUCUCCUUAAUUCCGUCGACCGCUGUUACAGAAGUCGAAAAAUCAAGAUUUUUGAAAGCUUUGUCAGAUGCGGCAUCUGGGGUGGCUAUCAAUGGGGUGAUGAUUCCAAUUGAAGAACUUUCGGAGGUUUGUCGUCGCAAUCGAUCAGUUCAAGAGAUUGUUCAAGGAGCCUUGAGGCCCUAUGAGUUGAACAUAGUUCCUGUAUCAUAG